AUGGACCUCUUUGUGCAGAAUCUUCAUGAGAUUUCACUGUACACUACUAUAUAUACUAAUCCUCCUCCGCCGCUGCCGCUACAGGUGCAGAACAGUAAGGGUCAGAACGGCUUCGUCCCGUCCAACUACGUGAAGCGCGAGAAACCGCAGAAACCGUCGCUCCUCGACAACCUCAAGAAGAAGGUGAAGCAUCGCAAGAGCAGCGACUCGAAGACUCCUCCGUCGCCUGGCUACGUCGACGUCGAUGUCGACUCGCGCGACUCGCAGGACGACCUUCUCUACGAUCACGCCGUCGUGACCUCCGACCCCGGCGCCGCCGCGUCGCCGCUCAACCUGCCCGCGGUCGCGAAGUUCCGCUACGAGCCGGCGCGCGAGGACGAGGUGGCGCUCGUGAAGGGAGCGCGCUUGCUCGUGCUCGAGAAGAGCAACGACGGAUGGUGGCGCGGGGAAUGCGCGGGAAAGGCCGGCUGGUUCCCCAGCAACUACGUGCAGCUGGACGCGGAGGCGGCGACGCCCGGCGACGACGUCGCCGCGACGGCGGCGGCGGGGGAAGGGGGCGCCACCGUGCUGGCGCUAUUUGGCUUCACGGCGCGCAAUGAGGAGGAGCUGUCGAUCGCGCGAGGAGAGACUCUGCACCUCGUUGAGAAACCGCCGGACGACCCUGAGUGGUGGAAGCUGCGCGCCGCCGGUGGCGCCCUCGGCCUCGUGCCGAAGAACUACGUGAAACUGUGCGAGGGCGCCACCGCGGCGGCCGCCGCGGGGGCGCCGCCGGACGCCCGGACUUCGUCGAGCCCCUCCGGUUCGAAGACGCCGCCGAGUCCUGGGGCGCGCGGGCCGCCGUCGCCGGGGGCGCGCGGGGCGAGCGCGAGGCCAGCAGAGGGCGCUGCCGGUGACAGCCGCGCGCAGGUGAUGGCCGACAAGGAGUUCUACUACGGCAAGCUGAGCAGAACAGAUUGUGAUAACCUGCUAGGCACGUUUGGCACGCCGGGCGACUUCCUGGUGAGAGACAGCGAGACACACGUAAGUACACAGCGUGACACC